CUAACUUACAUUCAUCCAUCGAUCAUGGUGUUGAGCAGCGCCGCCGCCGACUCCGGCGAGAAUCUCCGGUGCACCUUCGCCUCUCGAUACGCCUGCGCGUCCCUCCCUCGGUUCAAGAUCCCGAGGGGGGCGAUGGCGAAGGAGGCGGCGCAUCAGAUAGUGAAGGAUGAGCUGAUGCUCGACGGCAACCCGCGCCUCAACCUGGCGUCGUUCGUGACGACGUGGAUGGAGCCCGAGUGCGACCAGCUCAUCAUGGCCUCCCUUAACAAGAACUAUGUCGACAUGGAUGAGUAUCCUGUCACCACCGAGCUCCAGAAUCGAUGUGUGAAUAUGAUAGCACGUCUGUUCCACGCCCCCGUCGGCGACGAAGAAGCAGCCAUUGGAGUAAGCACAGUGGGAUCAUCAGAAGCUAUAAUGCUUGCUGGUCUUGCUUUCAAGAGAAAGUGGCAAGCAAAGAGGAAAGCAAACUCCAAACCCUAUCAUAAUCCCAACAUUGUCACCGGAGCUAAUGUGCAGGUUUGCUGGGAAAAGUUUGCAAGGUAUUUUGAGGUAGAAUUGAAGGAGGUGAAGCUUAGAGAAGGUUAUUACAUCAUGGAUCCGGCCGAGGCCGUGGAGCUCGUAGACGAGAACACCAUCUGCGUCGCAGCCAUUCUCGGAUCCACUCUCACCGGAGAAUUCGAUGAUGUCAAACUCCUAAACGACCUCCUCACGAGGAAGAACAUGGAGACGGGGUGGGACACCCCGAUCCAUGUUGAUGCCGCCAGUGGAGGCUUCGUUGCCCCAUUCCUCCACCCGGAGCUCGAAUGGGACUUCCGCCUACCACUGGUGAAGAGCAUCAAUGUGAGUGGCCACAAAUACGGCCUUGUCUAUGCAGGUGUCGGGUGGGUCGUCUGGAGGAGCCACGACGACCUGCCCGACGACCUUGUCUUCCACAUUAACUACCUCGGAUCCGAUCAACCUACUUUCACCUUGAACUUCUCCAAAGGUUCUAGCCAGAUCAUUGCCCAAUACUAUCAAUUCAUAAGACUUGGCUUUGAGGGCUACAAAAACAUAAUGGAGAACUGCAUGCAAAAUGCAAAGCUCCUGAAAGAAGGGAUCGCGAAGACGGGGCGCUUCGACGUCGUCUCCAAAGACGUCGGGGUGCCCGUGGUGGCGUUCUCGCUCAAGGACAGCACCGGCUACACGGUUUUCCAGAUAUCCGAAUCUCUGAGGAGGUUCGGAUGGAUUGUCCCGGCGUACACCAUGCCUCCCAAUGCGGAGCACGUUGCAGUGCUCCGCAUUGUGGUCCGGGAAGACUUCAGCCACACGCUGGCCGAGAGGCUCGUCUCCGACAUGGAGAGAGUUGUCGAGGAAUUUGAUGCGCUGCCGCCUCGUGCAGCUGUGAGAGACGGGAAGAGGAGCGUCGUCGAGGUUGAGAGAGGUGUGUGCAGCUACUGGAGGAGGAUUUCGGACAAGAAGAGCAGCGGAGUGUGCUAGAAAUAUUUCACAGCAAAGAUUCUGAGUGAUAAUUAAAUUUGCUUAUGUUAAGGUUGAAUGUUGUUGUGUUGGAUGCAUGCGUGCAUUGCACUGAACGUAUAAAAUUACUGCGUUUGUUGUGAAAUUGACUGCACUAAAGAAAAUGGAAUUUUCGC